CGGUAUCUGUCAGGCGUCCAAGAUCACCAUGCUCCGUACGACCUUCCUCCGCUCCUCCCACGCUCUGCGCUCCACUCCGUUGAGUCGGGCGCUGUCCAGCGUGUCUUCCAAGGACCAGGUAGGCGUCAUCGGUUUGGGGCAAAUGGGCGGACGUAUGGCCGACAACCUCCGUAAGAACGGCCACAAACUCGUCGUGUGCGACCCCGUGCCCGCCAACGUGCAGAGGCAGGUGGACCAGGGCGCUAAGGCCGCCGCCAACGCGCGAGAGGUGGCUGAGCAGUGCGACACCAUCAUCACCAUGCUGCCGUCUACCGCCACUGUCGAGUGCGUCUAUCUGGGUGAGGACGGCGUGCACGAGGCUCUUCGCAGUGAACACUUGCUGCUGGACUCGAGCACGAUCGACCCGAUCUUCACCAAGAAGCUGAGCAAAGAGCUUCAUGACCGUGGAGCCACGUUCGUGGACGCCCCAGUGUCUGGUGGCGUGGCGGGAGCUCAGAAUGGCACAUUGACGUUCAUGGUGGGAGGUGAACCUGACGAAUUCGAACGCGUUAAGCCACUGUUAAAAGCUAUGGGCAAGAACUUGGUGCAUUGCGGCGGAAGCUCUACGGGCCAGGUUGCCAAGCUGUGCAACAACCUGGCGUUGGCCAUUCAGAUGGCUUCAGUUGCGGAGGCUAUGAACCUCGGCACAACACUAGGCAUUGACCCCAAGAUCCUCAAGAACAUCAUGGACACGUCCACGUCCUCGUGCUGGUCCACCCUCGUCAACCACCCGUACCCAGGUUUGAUGGAGAACGUGCCGGCGUCGAACAACUACGACGGAGGUUUCGCUGUGGGUCUGCACCGCAAGGACCUGGGACUUGCCAUGGAUUGCGCUAAACACGCCGAAGUGUCGAUCCCUCUGACCUGCCAAGUGCACCAGCUCUACAACAUGAUGGUGGCUGGUGGCUACGGCAAGAAGGACUUCAGCUACAUGCUCCAGUACCUUAAGAACGGAAAACUUGCGAGCUUGUCGAGUUCGUCCCAGCUCUUGAUCAAGUUGUUGGAUACGUACAGCGUCGUGAGGUUCGUGAGCCCUGAAAGGCCAUCCAGCGUUGCAAUCACGUUGUACGACAGCCAGAGUUCCUCCAAUGUAUCGGAGACGUCGUCUAGUUUCUCGAUCUUCUUGAUCUGA